UUUAAAAAACUACAGCUCCCAUAUCCACCGGAACAAAACAACAUGGCUGCCUCCUCUGUUGCAGCAAGUGAGCUGCUACAUAAUAUGAAUAAACGGCUAUCAACAUUGUAUCCAAAGGCUUCGUUUGUUAUCAGACGGAUAAACACAUCGAGCUCACGAUGCGGCAGUCAACCGCAGCUGAGAGCAAAAAGGGCUCCCCAGCAGCUGGUUGGAGUGGUGGGCUUGGAAGUCCAUGCCCAGAUUAACUCUAACACCAAGCUGUUCUCUGGCUCAGGGGUUGGCUUCUCAGCACCUCCAAACUCCCUGGUGUCGCCUUUUGAUGCAUCCUUACCAGGCACAUUACCUGCCCUGAACAAACGAUGUGUCGAGGCAGCAGUGAUGACAGGAUUGGCUCUCAAUUGCACCAUAAACAGGAAAUCACUGUUUGACAGGAAACACUACUUCUACGCGGACCUCCCUGCUGGAUACCAGAUCACUCAGCAACGGCGGCCCAUCGCAGUAGAUGGCACGCUGACCUACAGCCUCCUCGGAGGGAAAAAGAGGAGCCAAGUGAUCAGAAAAACUGUCAGCAUCAAACAGAUUCAGCUGGAGCAGGACAGCGGCAAGAGUCUCCAUGAUGACCUCCGCAGCCAGACACUCAUAGACCUCAACAGAGCAGGUGUAGGUCUAAUGGAGCUGGUGAUGGAGCCCGACAUGAGCUGCGGAGAGGAGGCUGCUGCAGCUGUCAGAGAGCUCCAGCUCAUCCUGCAAGCCCUAGGCACCUGUCAAGGCAACAUGUCUGAGGGCCAGCUGAGAGUAGAUGCCAAUGUAUCCGUCCACAGGCCAGGUGAGCCCCUGGGCGUCAGGACAGAGGUGAAGAACAUCAACAGUGUUCGAUACCUGGCCAGGGCUAUAGACUACGAGAUCCAGAGACAGAUCGGACUCCUGCAGAGAGGGGGGGCGGUGCAAAACGAGACCCGGGCGUAUGAUUCCAAAUCAGGGGAGACCAUUCCUAUGAGGGACAAAGAGGGUCUUCAGGACUACAGGUUCAUGCCAGAGCCCAACCUGCCCCCUCUGAUUGUGUAUGAGGAUAACGCAUCGCUGCCCUCUGGCAUUGAUGCAUGCCAGGCGGUGGUGGUGCAGAAGAUAAGAGAAGGGCUGCCAGAGCUACCCAGUGUCAAAAGAGACAGGCUGGUGCAAACGUACGGCAUCCUGCCCGAGCACAGCUUCACUCUGGUGAACGAGGAUGGGCUGGUGGAGUACUUUGAGGCGGUGUUGAAGGCGACCAAGAAGGAGCCGAGGAAGGUGAUUGGCUGGGUGACAAACGAGUUGGUGGGUCACCUCAAACAGCAAGACAUGAGUGUGAGCCAGAGCCCAAUCUGUCCUUCUGCCCUGGCGGAGCUGCUGGAUCUCCAGGAAACAGGACACAUCUCCUCCUCGGCUGCCAAGCAGGUGUUCGAGGAGAUGUGGAGGUCCUCGGGCAGGACGGCCCCUGAGGUAAUCCAGGAGCAGGACUUGGGUCUUGUAAGUGACACCGCACAGCUGCACGGCAUCUGCCAGAAGGUGGUAGACUCGCACCCAGAUGAGGUUCACGCCAUCAGAAAUGGAAACGAGAAAGUUCUGAACAAGCUGAUGGGCCUGGUUCAGAAGGAGACCAAAGGCAGAGCCGACCCAGUUCUGGUGAGGGCAAUCUUACACGAGAAGACGUCAUGAAAGUGGGACUGUUCCGCGAGACGCAACCAGAUGACAGACACAGAGUCAAACUUUGGCAUACAUGUCAUUCAGGAAACAACGGACGAUACUUCAGUGAUGUUUGUAGAUCUGUAUACAAAUGCAGAGUAGUCACGUCCAUAUAUGGUACCACAGCAGUAUAAGGUACCUGGUCUUCAGUGGGUUACCG